AUGACAAUCACUUCUACGGCGACCAUCACGACCACGCAGAGCACGGAGGUUAUCGAGCUCGAAAAUGACACCACGAGUAUUUACACCACAGCGUACACCACAGCGUACACCACAGCGUACACCACAGGGACACCCACGACUGUCGACGGGAACAAUACGAUAUUUGCAACAGUCACACAAACGGGUAGAAGCAAGACUCAGACGACCACCUCAACACCAUCACCCGUUGACGAAACCACUACAUAUGUCACGACAACUACAUCCCUUCAGUCAGUACCAUACACAAUCGGCUCGUCGGACGUCGCGUACCUCCAAGCUUCAGGCACAGACUUCUGCAGCUCGUUCCUGGGCUAUAUAGUGCCAACGAGUACGGCAUACGUCACUGCUACUCCGUCCGGCCAAGUGACCGUCAUGACUAGCACGCAGACCAUACUUUCUACCAGUCACACACUAACAGUCACAACCACUGGACUGCAAUGGAAACGAGCGCCAAUCAAUGGCGCACAAACCGCAAGCGCGAUCCCGACCCCUGCUUCCAUCUCGGGGUGGCCAAAGUGCCUCGUCUCGCAAGCGUGCGUUCAGGUUGCCACCGGGAUGGCAUUUGUCACGCAGACAACAGCUUUGCCCCCUUCUACAGUAACCCCAACCAACACCUACACGUCGACCACGGACAGAGUGGCCACGACAUGCACAGCGGAAGCGGAAGAUCCAGCCUAUACGGCAUUCACACCAAUCUAUGGAACCUGGGAUACAGACAUGCCGGGAGUCAACCCUUCCGACGUUUCUGGUGGUAGUACAAGCAAGACAGUAAUACUGCCUUGGCAGAUGUGCCUCGGUAAUUACUGCAGCGCGAGUAUCAAUGUCUGGUCAAAUGGUUACUUCAUUUACAAUGACGUGGCUACUGGAAAACAAGUUCUCGUGCAGCCGUUCGGCUCACAGGACGGUGGGCUCGAAUACUUGCAAGGGCAACGCCAAGGCGUAUACUAUCGCAUCGCGGGAAGCCCAGGCAACCAGAGUCUGGUCGUUGCUUGGUAUGCCGAUAACUACGGUCAGCGUGGUGAGCUCAACCACUUCACCACGACAUACUUUCAGGACACUGGGAUCAUCCAAUUCAAGUACUACGAUGUCAUGCAGUACAAUAAUGUCAACGCUCCGUACGGCAAUUAUACUGCUAACGCCUAUCUGAAUUUUCGUCAGUUAUGA